AUGUCAUCUACGAUAGAAAAAUCAACAGAACAACAUCAACAACUACUCUCUAAUAAUUUACAUUCUACUAAUGAAACCGACGAUGAUAGCUAUCAUCAUCGUCGACAUUAUCCACAACAACAACAGCAGCAGUAUCAGCAGCAGCAAUUCUCACCAGUUCAACAUCCACAUCACCCACAUACACAACAACAACAUCAACAACCUUAUCAAUUCAAUGAGAAAUCUAAUUACAAGCCAACAAUUGAACAAAAAUCUCACAAUUCACACUUGUCCAACUCAACGGAUGCUAAUCAAUUGCACAUGCCGUCGAAUCCAAAUCAAAAUUAUAUGAUGAAAAUGAAAGAUGAAUCGUUCCAUUCAUAUAAAACUACUACUAAUACUACUAAUAAUACUACUCAUAAUAUGCCUGGAUCAAAUCAUCUACCACCGAAUCAUGAACAAAAUUCAUUUGUACAAAAUAAUAAUCAACUUGAUGAUUCUAUGCAUCGGAUGAAUUUAACGAAUACACCUUUGGUUCAUCAAAAACAAUCAUUUAAUCAUGAAUCAUUCAGUCAACAGUCAGUUUCAUCAGCAUCAACACCGCGAGGAUAUACACAUCAACAGCAGCAUCAGCAACAACAACCUCAAUUACAACAACCACACUACCAACACCAAAAACACCAACCUGAUGCUUAUGAACAACAUCAUCACAACACGUCAAACUAUCCAUCAUCAUCAUUAGCAUUCAGUAGUAGUAAUAGCAGUAGUUCACAAGUAAAUUUUGCACCAUCCUCGUCUACUAGUACAACAGCACAAUCUAUGAUGAUGAAUCAUACUUCUCCUUCUUCGAUGAUGAUGAUGACUAGUCAACAACCACUGGCGCCACCGACAACAACAACAACAACGUCGACAUUCUCACCACCACCGUCAUUGUCAUCGUCGUCGAAUGAAAUGAAUCACAUGUAUUUCACUCCGCAAAUUGAUUCUCAAUUGAAUGCUCAUGAUAAUGCGGCUGAUGAUGAUGUUAAUUCGACGAAUAAUUAUGCGUCAUUUUCAUCUAAUCAACAAGCAUUUGAUUAUUUUGCAAAUUUACAAAGU